AUGGGUAAAACUAGCAAAGUUGUUGUGUGUGGAAUGAAAGGAGUAGGCAAAACAGCAGUGUUAGAGCAACUUAUUUAUGGAAAUGUGAAUUUGAAGUCAUCAUUUUAUCCUACCAUUGAGGAUAUCUAUGUUGCUAAUAUUGAAACAGACCGAGGUUCAAAAGAACGAGUAUGUUUCUAUGAUACUGCAGGGUUGGAGCCACCACUAACAGGUCCACCUCAGUCACCAACUAUGCAAUUGACGGCCAACCAGGUCCUUCAGCGUCAUUACCUUGGCUUUGCUGAUGGAUUUGUGAUGAUCUAUGAUACUACUAAGCCUGAAUCCCUGGAUGUUUUGAUGUAUUUGAAGAAAGAUAUUGAUAGGAAUAAAGAUAAAAAAGAAGUAGUAAUGCUUGUAAUAGGCAACAGAACUGGACCAGACGACUUAAAUAGCCUCGAAAACACAUGUUCUAAAGCCGCCAACUGGUGUGCUAGAGAAAAAGUCAGGCAUUUUGAAGUUUCAGCCAUGGACCGACCAUCAUUGUAUGAGCCAUUCAUCUUCAUGACAACAAAACUUAAUCCAGUCCAAAACAAAACGGCCUUCCCCCAAUUAAGUACUUUGAGUAAGUUAACUCAGAAGAAUAAUCGUAGUGAUGCCAUG